UAUGAACUAAGGUGUUUGUAUCGAAUACUCCGCGUGUGGCUUGGUGUGCUGUUCUGUUGUUUAAAUUUGCUGACCUCUGAUCUUCUAUUAUUGUUGUUACUUUUCUUUUGCAUCUGAUAUAUUAGCAUAUAUUUUGCUUGUGGAUCAUCUUAUAUACGAUGGGCUGUGAAGAAGAUGUUUUUAAAAUUGCCAAAAAGCUUGAUAAAAUGAUUGCAAAUGGCGCUCUUGAGCAAGCUUUGGAUUUAUUAAAGGCUUUGCGAGAUUUACCGAUAACAUUGGAUAUACUCCAAAAAACAAGAAUUGGCAUGACUGUCAAUUCUUUGAGAAAAUCUUCAACUGAUGAUGAAGUCAUAACUUUAGCCAAGAGUUUAAUUAAGGCUUGGAAGAAACUACUCCCAGAGACUCCAAAUUCAAAAGGUGAUGGUAAUGGGAAUGGUAAGGAUUCUAAAGGAGAAAAUUCCAAUGGCAGCACAACAUCCAAAGAAUUUUCCAAAGGUGAUGGAUCUAAAGAUUCAUCAUCCAAAAAGGAUUCUUCAUCCAAACUUUCAGCUCCAAAACAAACUUCAUUUCCUGCUGAUACUACAAAUGCUGUGAGACUGAAGUGUAGAGAAUUGAUAUCAUCUUCAUUAAAAUUGGAUCAAGUCGAGGAUGAUUUUCAAAAUCCUGAUGAACUUGGAGCUAAAAUUGAAGAUUGUAUAUUUGAAGAAUUUGGUGAUACAAAUAUGAAGUACAAAAACAGAGUCCGCAGCAGGGUUGCUAAUUUAAAGGAUACUAAAAAUCCUGAACUUCGGAUUAAUGUUCUGAAAGGUAUUAUCCCACCUGAGAAGAUUGCCGUUAUGACUGCUGAUGAAAUGGCAAGUGAUGAAAUGAAAGGACUGAGACAGAAAUUUACCAAGGAAGCUAUUAAUGAUCAUCAGAUGGCCGUCACAGGAGGAACGAAAACGGAUUUACUCAAAUGUGGAAAGUGCAAAAAGAGUAAUUGUACAUACAAUCAAGUACAAACUAGGAGUGCUGAUGAACCUAUGACUACCUUUGUGUUUUGUAAUGAGUGUGGGCAUAGGUGGAAAUUUUGUUAAAAUACUCAUCCAAAAGUGGCAUUUUGAACCUGUGACUACAACACUGGAAUCAAAAUGUAUUCUGUAUUCGAUGUAAAUAGACUUGAUGUGACCACCAAACUGACCUCACAUUGUUAUAAAAUGCAUUCUCAUCAUCAUUUUUAUCGCAAAACUGACAUUUCUACUCUGUUUUCUUGUUUUUUUUUUUUUGCAAUUUUGGAACUGUGCAUUGUUGUAGAGUGGUUAAGUUCUUGUUUUAUUAUAUAAUUGAACUAUAUUUCUUAUUAUCUAGCAGUUGUUGACUUAAACUUGGGAUGCAAGCUUUAUAAGUAUUAAACUGCAACAUUUCCGCUGCUUUCUUUUUUUAAAAAUUUGAAUCCUUUUUUUAUUUUCCCUCACUUUUUUUACAAAGAAUUUUAAAUUCCCUUUAUUUAUUAUAUAUUCUUGUGAUGUUCCAAGUAGUUGUUUGUUAAUAUUUUUAUUUUGCAGUGCUUUUUUAAAGGUGGUUGUUGUGCUAGCACUUGAAAUAUUUAUGCUUUUGGUGAUAUGAAUAACAGCGAUAUCGCCAGCAUAUUAUAGUAAAGGUAGAAGUUAUUAUAUAGACAACUAAUUUAAAUAAGCUGUGAAGUAUCAAAAAAUUAUGUAAUAUAUUACAUUAAAUUAAUUCUGUGUACAUUAUAAAUUAUAAAUACUUCUCAUAUUGUAAAAUAAAAUUAUUCUGAAAUUUAAAAAUUUUGCAGUAAAUAUUUUUUUUAAAAAUUGGUUAUCAGGCUAUGGAUCAAUAAUAAACAUUAAUAAAUGAAAGGAAAGAAAAGGAAAAAUUGUAUUCCUCCCCUUUUUAUUUAAAAGUAAACAACUGCUGUAUUGUAAUAAAGCAAUUUAAGAGUUUUGUUAAAAGUUUGUGGAGGUAGGUUAACUAUUGUAGGUAUGUGGAUUAUAGUUUUAUCCUGGAAUAAAUUUUUAAAAAAAUCUUUUUUACAGUCGUGUUUUUUUUAUUUUUUCAUUUUUAAGCAUGUUUCUACUAGCAUUCUGUUCACAUGAGGCCGUGUUAUAUACUUAGUAUCUGUGGGUCAAUUUGCAAAAUUUGUGUAUCUAAUAGUAUUCUUUUCACAUUUAAUUUUUUUUCAGUAAUGCAACUGCUUAUGAUUAAAGAACAGCUUGUUUUAUAUUCAUUUCAAAUUUAAAAUAUACUCCUACAUUAUUAUAAUUACUUUUACAUUUUUCUUUUCUAAAUGUAGCAGAAAUGUGCAAUUCUCCUUUUCUAAUUCUUGUUGUUUUCCUAUUCUUGUUGAUGAUAUUUCCAUAAGGCAUAUUAGAAUCUAAAUUAUCCAAACUUUAAAGGGGGGGGGGAGAAUGAGAAUUCCUCAUUUAAAAUGCACACAUUCUCUGCGGUAUUUUAUGAAUAAUUGUUUUUAUUAUUUUUUCAUAAAGGUUGAAUAAUUUAAAUUUAUUAUGUAGAUUAAAAAAAAAAAAGUUUUUUUUUUUUCUCUCUUCAUGUGCACCUCUUUAAAAAGUAAGCUUUGAUGCUUGAUUUAUAACUGUAAGUGAUUAAAUAAAAAAUUUUUUAAAAAAAUACUCAGUUUAUAAUUGGUUUGCUUAAUGAAAUUAUCAAAUUGCAUUAUGUCAUGAUCUCACAAUAAAUAAUCAGAAAGAAAGCUUUUUGAAUUGUUCAUAUGAAAUGUGUAAUAAUGUGUGGAAUUGGUCUGUAGAAUAUUUAAAAUGUUUAAAUAAAGGUGUUGAUUUA